AUGGAUGACGCGCCAGAAAGUGAAUUGCAACAAUCCGAUAACCGUAAAGUAAAGGACAACAUGUCGAAACUCUCUCCAUCCCUCAAGGCUCUCAUCAACGCGCCGUUUGCGCGUCCCGGCCAAACCGCCGCACCAUCGCAUAUUCGUAGUGUCUACCAGACCAUCGCUCGCGAUGCUGCGCAGAAGAAUCUCGGCGCAAAGCCCUGGAUCGCUCUCUCCGCCGCGGCCACGUUCACGAUGAACUCACCUGAUUCUCUUGAGUCUCUCUACAGCGUCGCCUCGGACGCCGGCCGUCCCGACAAGCGUGAGGCAGCCGAGAUCAUCCGCGAGAUCGGCCUCAAGUGUAUCAGCUUCAACGGCAUCCCGCGCACCAUCAACUGCCUCAACGCCUUCUACGCCGGCCUCCCGAAGGACGUAACCGCCCAGCUAGAGACGAAGCCCACUCGAACGCCCACCGCCGAGAACAUUGGCGAGGUCACGGCCCGCGGCCAGGCGCUGUGGGACUCGGUGUAUGCGCCGUUCGAGGUGAAGCUGUACGAGAAGCUCGCCCAGUCGCAUCCCGACCUGCCGGUGCACAUCCUCAACAGCCACUACGCCGGUUUGUUGUCGGACCCCAAGGAGCGCGGGGGCCUGGCGACUACCGGCCGAGUGUUGACCUCCGUGGUGGCGAUUUCGUGUUUGCGGGCGCAGACCGGUGUCGGUCCGCAAGUCUUGUCGCAUGUUUUCGGACUCAGGAAAGCGUUCGAGGACGGAACAUUCAAGGCGGAUAAGCAGGAGGACAUUGAGGGCACACAAUGGCUGGCUACUGAUGAGGGUAGCGAGUGGAUUUUGAAGUCGGUUGACAGCAUCACGGAGGCUAUUGGAGGCUCUUCCAGGUCGCAAAAGAACCAGCGUGAGGCGUGCCAAUGUAACGGCCUGUCAGCGAUUUACAUCAAAAGUCUUGAGGACCGAAUUGCUGAGCUUGAGUUGGCUUUGCAGAGGCAAGGGACAGAUACAGAACCUGCAACUGGAACUCAUGUCUCUCGAGAUGCUCAAAAUGGGCGUGCUUCAACGCAGGAGUCGCAUGAUGAAUCCAGUGACUUGACAUUGUUAAGCCUCAUCGUCCCCAAACCGGAUGAUUUGCAGGACAGAGGAAGCCCAGGCUAUCAAGGUUUGCUGGACGACAUUAUUGUGCCAGAAACGAUCAAGUUCCCCCCAAAGUCCACGGCGAUCCAACUUGCUGGGACAUACUUUGAACACUCCAACUUUUUCUCACCUGUUCUUCAUGAAGAAUUGUUUCAAAACACUAUCAAUGCCCUCUACCGAGACGAACAGUCUCCGCAUGAAGGCACCCCAAGUCAGAAGUUCCAGCUUUGCAUGGUAUUGGCUAUCGCUAUAAGACUCCUCAACAGGACUGAUCCGGCGGUUCCAACAACGGCAUCCGACUCAUUUUUUGCCUCGGCGAUUGGGAUCUUGACGGAACGUCCGCAGGCUACCUGGAAAGGAGAUUUGGACCAUCUUCAAAAGUUACUUCUUGUUGUACAAUACACUAUAUUUGCAUCUAACCUCUCUGCUGCCUGGCACUUCAUAGGCUUAGCAACGCGGUUAGCUAUUGACCUUGACCUUUUGAACGAGGCACGCCUGGGGUCGCGACGCGAACAGGGUCAAGGGCCGCAUGCUGCGUCUCUUGCGGAAAUCAACAAGCGACGACGUGUCUUCUGGUCUACUUACAUCCUCGAAACAAAUCUGUGCGUUAUACUCAGUCGCCCAAGGUCAAUACCCGACGAGGCCAUUUUUACAUCGCUUCCGUCAACGAGUGGGCAGGAAUCAUCCAGUCCAUUGGCCAAUCAUUGUAUUCUCUUUCGCCAACUGGAGUACGAGAUUUUUCACACGUUGAAUUACAAGCCUCCAGUCAAUGGUGCUCUCUUUGACUAUCAAGCAUGGAAAGCAAGCAUGAAGGACCGUCUUUUAGACUGGCACAACAGCGUGCCACCUGUUGAUGCAACCUCCAAGUUAGCACCUCGAAACUUCUUCGACGGCGCCUUAUACAUGACACUUGUAACGCUCUUCUCUCCCUCGCGUCAUUUCCCCAAUCUGUCCGAAGCCGAGUUGAGAGACCUCGCGCAGUAUGCUUCGAGAAGCGUAGAGCUGUACAGGGAGGGGUUCAAGGAAGGAAAACUGCGUUUCUACUGGCGGACGACGCCAAACCUCUUUCAAUCCGGCGCGGCGCUGGUAUACUGUAUAAAGAACCUCACGUUGCGAGGCGCAGUCUUCGACGCAAGUGGUCUGAAAAGUCGAGUCGCCGUGUGCUCGACGGUUCUUUGGGGAAUGGCUGAGCGAUACCCCCCUGGAGCUUCUUAUCGCGACCGGUUUGACGAGUUGUCUGCAUCAUUAUCGGACGUCGAUGUUCUUACUAACGAGCUGUCAUCGGAAAUUUCCGUUGAAUUUCUUCUGGGGCAGAAUGUCCUCCCAUCCAUGGAUUUGGAUAAUUCGGCAACGUUGUGGGCUACAACACCUCCGACUCUUGAUCCGUGGAUAUUUGACCAAACCUAA